AUGUCGCUUCGACGUCGAAAAAGGUUUGGGUCUCUCAGUGGGACCGCCCCGACCAAGAGGGCCCUGAGACCUCCAGGAGAAGCUCGUCAGGGUCUUCGGAAAGGUCGUCACGGAGCUGACUGCUACCAGACGGCAUUGAGGCGUGCGAGAGCUCGUGGUGAAAUCGUGGGCUGCACCCCAAUGCACCCCAAACCAGCAGUGGUAAGAGCCUGGAAGGUAACGUCAGGGACAGUUGAGGACCCCGCGCCGCGAGAGAGCCAGCGCGCCAUACGAGCCGUCUCCCUGACGGCUCUAUGGGCGUUGAAUGGUGGGAUCCACAUCAAAAAGUUUCAGCCUCCUAGACCUAAACCAGUUCCUCGCAAUAACAGUUCAUCCAUAAUAUCUGCGUUUGACAUGGGAAUCAGUGAUGAGGAGUGGGAAAGACUACAGAAGGCUAUUGACUGGCCUUUUCCAGAUCAAGAAAUCACUUAUCUGAAUCAGAGCACAAGUCCAGUUCACUCAACUUUCUCUAUUGUGGGACUCAAAGAGAGUUACCAAGUGGGAGAAAAGAUCUCUGUUAUUAUCACAGCCAGAGACCACAACAAGGACCUGAAAAGAUAUGGAGGAGAUUUUUUCAAAGCUAAACUUUUCAAUGCAGAGCUAAAGGCGAGUGUGUACGGGGAGGUUGUGGAUCAUCGUAAUGGGACUUACUCUGUUGAACUUCUUCUGCCGUGGGAAGGUCAGGCACAAGUUUUCGUACGUCUAGAGCACUCCAGUGAGGUUGUGCAGUUUCUUAAAAAAUACAUGGAGUCUUCAUUCCCACGCACCCACUUCAAUGGAUACUUUGAAGGACCAGGACCCAAUAAAACCAGGAUCCGUGAAGUAGUAGAAUGUUAUCUAAAGUGGGGUGCAGAUGGAAAUUGGAGGAAAGGUGACUGCUGCUGUGAGCAUAAGGAUAUAAAAACAGGGACCGUGUGGCAGUGUGAGAGACCGAAGAAACUUUCCUGUGACAAACUGGUUCGUCACGCAGGCGGACGUAUGGAAAGCCCAUUAAAUCUUUUUGAGCAGCAGCUUUUUACAAAACAAUUAACAAAUGUUGCUAUUAGUGGAGACAAAAAAAUUAUUAAUGUCUUUCCCAGCACUGCACCUAUUGGUACAAUGGAGAAAUGCAGGUCUGGCAUGUCGACACCGGUUCCGGCAGGGUUUUAUUUAAAAGAUGUCUGGAAUUCUUUUGUAUGCAAAACUCGACAGUUCAGUCCUGCACAAAAGGCAAACUGUCUUAAAAACAAGAUUGUCUAUUUGAUGGGAGACUCCACCACAAGGCAGUGGUUCGAGUACUUAGAAAGAAACGUGCCAGGCAUAAAAAGAAUGAACCUCCACACUCAUCCUAAAGGUGGCCCACUGAUGGCUGUGGAGCUGAAAAAUAAUAUCGUUGUCCACUGGAGCAUGCAUGGUGUUCCUUUGCGACUUGGUGUAGUUAUGCCUAUCAUUGACCUACAUUACAUCAGCAAUGAUAUUGAUGAAAUAGCCGGUGGGGCUCAUGCAGUCGUUGUCUUCACAUACUGUGCUCACCUGGUCUUUCACUCGAUAACAUUUUACAUAUAUGAAGUGGCCAAAAUCCGCCAGUCUGUUGUUGCACUGCUGAGUCGUGCUCCAGAGACCACCGUCAUCAUCAAGUCUGGAAACACUGCUGGACUAAAGAAUAUUUAUCAAAGUGAUUGGUACAUGUUGCGAUUGAACACAGUGAUGCAGGAGAUGUUCAGAGACAUUGAUGGAGUCAUCCUCUUGGAUGUCUGGCAGAUGACUUCCUGUCACUAUCUACCUGAAAACAUUCACCCAGGACCAGUUGUCAUUGCUAAUGAAAUCGACAUGUUGUUGUCAUAUAUCUGUCCUGCCUGAGGCCUGUUCAAGUUGAUUUGGUUCCAUGAAGGAAAUGGGA